AUGGCUACCCAGCUAGUCUCUCUGGCGGAGGUGGAGAGGCUCAGCGCCUCGGUCGUACGGAUAUUGGGGGGCAAUCCCGGCAAGUUCACUCUGCAAGGCACGAAUACGUAUCUAAUCGGGCGAGGUCGUCAACGCAUCCUCAUUGACACCGGUCAGGGUGAACCGUCGUGGGCAGCCCGGCUCAAGACUCUUUUGGCAGAAGAGAAUGCAACUGUGCAUCAGGCACUCCUCACGCAUUGGCAUCCAGACCAUGUUAAAGGCGUUCCUGACCUCUUAGCAUUAUGUCCGGACGCUAUCAUCUACAAGAAUGAUCCUGACCUCGGCCAAGAGAGCAUUGAAGACGGUCAGAUCUUCAGUGUUGAAGGUGCAACACUACGAGCAUACCAUACCCCGGGUCAUACGGUUGACCAUAUGAUGUUUGUCCUUGAGGAAGAAGAUUCUGUCUUUACGGGUGAUCAUGUCUUGGGCCAUGGCACGAGUGUCUUUGAGGACCUCUCGUCCUAUAUAUCUAGCCUAAAGCGAAUGCAGAACCGGGUUUCGGGUCGCGGCUAUCCUGGCCACGGAGCUGUCAUCGAGAAUGCGACAGCAAAGAUCACAGAGUACAUCAAGCACCGCCAACAGCGAGAGGAUGAAGUGGUUCGCGUUCUCCGAUAUAAUCACCUCGAUGUUGCAGAUGGGGAAGCAUCCCCGGAGCGUAAACGGUCCUGGACCCCACUGGAACUAGUCAAGGUGAUUUACAAAGAUGUGCCGGAAAGCCUUCAUCUGCCUGCUUCUAAUGGAGUGUUGCUUGUUCUGAAGAAAUUAGAGGACGAAGGCCGGGUGAGCCGAGAUGCUGAUGGGCGAUGGGUUCUGGAAACUGGACGAUCUGCGCUUUGA